AAUGGUUAGCAGCAGGUAGCUAUCGCUUCGAGUAAACAUGCAGAAGUGUUUUGAACUGUCCAGGAGAGAUAUAUUGGCUUCAUCUUUUUUUUUGGACGCUUAGAAGAAUACGUCAACGGAUUUAAAGUUAUAAAGACGGAUACCUUUAGCGCAAGAAAUGGGUUUGUAAUGUACACGUUAGUUAGUUAGUUACUUAUUUUCUUUUUAACCUGUUAGCUAACGUUAGCAGCAAGGAUAGGACAGUACACUUGUCUCAUCUGCUUAUGCUAAAAGUAAACUAACUUGUUUUGUAGGUAACGCGAUAUUACAAAAUACUACAAUUUAAACAUGGAAUCUGUAUUAUACAUUCAUAAGUCAAGAUAAUGUCAGCGAUAGCCUCAUUUAAACCUGAAUGAAAUUUGUUUUAAACAUAUAUUUAUUGAUAGUUGAAGGUGCUAGAGUAAAGCUGGACAGUCACAUCCUCGACUGUCUACGCCAUAUAGUGUAACAGAAAUAAUGCCUUGACAGUGCACUUCUUUUGUAGGACUUUGUAUAAGUAAAUAGUAAGUUUGUAAGCUAUUCACCAUGGCAAGUGCCUUAGCAGCAAAAAUGGGAUUCAACUCAUUGUUAAGAAAACAAGCCAAGAACUUCAACGUCAGGAUCUGCACAAUGGAGUCAGACAUGGAGUUCAGCUGCGAGGUCAAGUGGAAAGGGAAAGACCUUUUUGACUUUGUGUGUCGAACUCUGGGGCUGAGGGAGACGUGGUUUUUUGGACUCCGGUACGACAUCAAGGACACCGUUGCUUGGCUGAAGAUGGAAAAGAGGGUUCUGGAUCAGGAGGUACCGAAGGAAGAACCAAUCACUCUUCACUUCCUGGCCAAGUUUUACCCUGAAAAUGCUGAGGAGGAGCUCGUGCAGGAUAUCACACAGCAUCUCUUCUUCCUACAGGUGAAGAAGAACAUCCUGGAGGAGGAGAUUCACUGUCCUCCUGAAGCCUCCGUGCUGCUGGCCUCAUACGCCGUCCAUGCCAAGUACGGAGAGUACGACCCCAAUGUCCACAAGCCUGGCUUCCUGGCCAAGGAGGAACUUCUUCCAAAGAGGGUGAUAAACUUGUACCAGAUGACUGCAGAAAUGUGGGAGGAAAGGAUCACGGCUUGUUACGCAGAGCACAGGGGCAGGACGAGGGAAGACGCUGAGGUGGAGUAUUUAAAAAUAGCUCAGGACCUGGACAUGUAUGGCGUCAAUUACUUUUUAAUCAGGAAUAAAAAGGGAACAGAUCUUCUCCUGGGAGUGGACGCCCUGGGGCUGCACAUCUACGAGCCGGACAACAGGCUGUCACCAAAGUGCUCCUUCCCCUGGAAUGAGAUCCGCAACAUCUCCUACAGCGACAAGGAGUUUACCAUCAGACCUCUCGGCAAGAAAACCAAUGUUUUCAAGUUCAACUCUUCGCGUCUAAGAGUCAACAAGUUGAUCCUCCAGUUGUGUAUAGGGAACCAUGACCUGUUCAUACGCCGCCGCCGGGUGGACUCGCUCGAAGUCCAGCAGAUGAAAUCUCAGGCCAGAGAGGAGAGGGCCCGAAAACAGGUAGAGAGGCAGCGUCUGCAGCGGGAGAAGCAGCUGCGGGAGGAGGCAGAGAGAGCCAGGGACGAGCUGAAGAGGAGGCUGAUUCAGCUGCAGGACGAGGCCCACAUGGCCAACGACGCACUGCUGCGUUCGGAGCAGACGGCGGACCUGCUGGCUGAGAAGGCCCAGAUCGCGGAGGAGGAGGCUAAGCUGUUGGCCCAGAAAGCUGCAGAGGCUGAGACAGAAAUGCAACGCAUCAAAGUGACGGCCAUCCGUGGCCAGGAGGAGCGGCGGCUCAUGGAGCAGAAGAUGCUGGAGGCAGAGAUGCUGGCCCUCAAGAUGGCAGACGAAUCGGAGAGGAGGGCCAGAGAGGCUGAGCAGCUGAGACAGGACCUGCAGGAAGCCAAGGAGUCGGAGCGCAGGGCCAAGCACAAACUGCUGGAGAUCACCAGCAGGGCUGUCUACGCGUCUCCUGGCCUGCCAUCUGACAGCAUGCCUCCCGACAGCAUGCCUCCCGACCUGAGCUUCAGCAGGGAGAACCUCAGCUUUGACUUUAAAGACACCGACAUGAAACGCCUCUCCAUGGAGAUCGAGAAGGAGAAAGUGGAGUACAUGGAGAAGAGCAAGCACCUGCAGGAGCAGCUGAAUGAGCUGAAGACAGAGAUUGAGAGUCUGAAGAUGAAAGAGAGAGAGACUCCUCUGGACAUCAUUCACAACCAGAACACCGAGCAGGGGACCAGCAAGCACAGCAACUUUAAAAAGCUAACACUACAGAGCACCAAGACCCGGGUGGCCUUCUUUGAGGAACUGUAAACUACGUACCUGUAAAGGUGGGGAUGCACACCUGCCAAGAACCUCAUCACUCUACAUUCCUGGUCGGUUUAAAUGAUUGGCCGCCACUGUGAGACCUUAUGCUCUUACUGAGAAACCACUAUGAGACAGAAGAAAAUGACCACUUCCUUUAUCUGCUGUAGCUCCAGGGACCUUGUGUGUACGAAACAUGGUGAACACAUAAUGUCACUGCUCUAAAUCUGUGUGUGUUUACAGUCCGAGUGUGUGAAUACAGCACAUUCUCAGUGAGUACUUUGGAUGGGUAUUGGUUUUUUAUUCAUGCGAAGAACAAAGGUAGAUGAUGAGAAGGAAUAACAUCGGUCUUUGACUGAUCCGGUUCCACUGUGGCUGUAAUGAGACAGUACUUUGAAUUUAAGAAUUGUUAUUAUAUAAGUCUUGGAUGACCUACUUUUUUUGACUGUUUUGAAAUUCUAAUAGAAAUAGACUUCUAAGGGAUAAAGUUGAACAAAAGAACAAAUUGAUUAUAAGAAAUGUUGCCCUUACCUGACUCAAAUAAUUGAUAUUUAGUAAGGGCCGUCUAGACUGCCAUUUUGAUUUCUAAUGCAAAAAAAGAAAUCCUUAAAGUAUGUUGUUUAACAUGUCUUUUUGUUUUAUGGAAUGUUUAAAUAAGGAAUACAAAUAUAGCCUUCCUUUGCCAUUAUACAAUUCAUUGUUAAUACUGGGAGUUGAUGGGCCGUGGUAGAUAUUAAUGAUACUAUAAACUGAAAAAUCCACUUAUGUCACUUAUUACGAGUCAUUUGUCUUGGUUUUGUUUGAGCCUGGUUUCCUACAUCUCAAACUGUGUUUCCAUGUUUGUGUCUUAAUGCAAUUUUUAUGGUAAAUGUAAACAUAUUGUUGUACAUGAGGCCUUUGGACCUGUGUUUACAUCCUGUGAUACACACAGGAGUCGUGUUUCUCUGCCUGCCUCACACUUUUUUAGGAUGCCGUUACACAUUGUAGCGAAGGAACUAGGAUUCUUUGCAAGCUUGUGUCACAUCUGUCAGUUUUUUGUGUGUUUGUGAAUACAACCAGUCAACCACUUAUAUCAAAAAACAUGAAUUUGCAUCUAUUUUUAAUUAAUGUAUCUUUUUGAGUUACUGUGUGCUUUUCCUCUGAAAGCAAUUUAUUAUUACAUUGUGAAGGAAAUAUAUUUCUUUCAGGAUUGCAUUUAACAAUAAUAUUAAGCAGUAUUUGAAAAAAACACUAGGUAAAGUUACCUUUUAUAACUAGAUAUCAAUUUUUUACAGAAACAUUGUACCAGAUAUGUAUGUUUUGAAUGUAAAAUAAAAGAAUAUCAGGUGUGA